AUGAGAGUUCUUGGUGGUUGUCCAUGGUUGUUUGACAACCACCUGUUUGUUUUAAAGGAUUUUGAUGGUGAAAUGCAGCCUAGUAAGAUUGAUUUUGAUCAUGCAUGUCUCUGGAUACAGAUGUUGAAUUUACCUCUGAGUUAUAUGAACAAGGAAAUGGGAGAGUUAAUUGGAAGAUCACUGGGGGAGGUGUUGGAGGUAGAUGUACAGGAGGAUGGCUUGGCUUGGGGAAGGUGUCUAAGGGUGAGGGUGGAGUGCGAUCUUAGAAGGCAUCUAGCCCAAGGAAGAACUAUUGAUGUGGAUGGGAAGACUAGUUGGGUGCCAUUCCAAUAUGAAAAGUUGCCUAGACUGUGUUUCAAUUGUGGGAUGAAAUUUCAUGAUAAGGACGGUUGUAAGGAGAGAGAUGGGAACUCAGACCAAUAUGGUGUUUGGUUGAGAGCUUUACCUCAAAUGAGAAAAGGUGCUGCUAGAAAUAGAGAUCAGAGAGGGAGUGAUUAUAAUGAGCAAAGAUCAGGAUCUGAAAAAAAUGAGAAGGGAGUUGAGUCAGAAAGGGGAGGGAUGGAGGAUGUGAUAGGGCAAGAAGGAGAGGAAUCAAAUGAAGGUUUGAAAGUUCAACCUAAUGUGAUGCUGUCUAUGGUGAAUGAGGAGAGGUCUGAUAAUUUUGCAGAAGGGAAGGAGAUUUAUAAUGUUGAGGUUGAAAGUAAAAUGCAGAUGGAGAGGAGGAGUUCUAAUACUAAGGAUUAG